AGAGCCAAAAGAACAGAUGUCAACGUGUCAUACCCCAACCUCAUCGACUCACCACCGUAUCUUCCUUUGUUGAGGAAACACCAAUGAUAGGUAGUUGAAGCAAUGAUCUUUCGGCUUUCUUUCUCAAAUUCUUCCCAACUUGUCUCCCUCUCCAAAAACCCAAGAUUACUACACAGUCACCCACACUUGUCCAUGAAUUUGUUCAAGACUCAUGCCUUUGCAGUCAACCCCAUAAAGCUAAAAACCCCUAAACCAAGUGAUCCAUUUUCACCAGCCUCUGCUCUUCACACCCUUAAAACCCUUCUUUUAAAAGGACAUACAGAUAACCCUUCCCCUAAUUUCAAGAUCUUGCCUUUCAGAAAGGGAAGGCCUCUAACCGGCUCACUCAAGAAUUCAACUGAGCCUAAUUGGCACUUGGCUUGGUUGAGUUUUAACGAUUGUAAGGCAUUCUUGGAGAAUUCUUCUGAGGUUAAAUUGAGUGAAGAUUCUUUGGUUUACUUAGGUUCGGAUUCUGAGAGCGAUGGUGAUGGUGUUUAUGUUGUGUACUGGGCUAUUGAUGUCACAGAGGCUGGUAGUCUAUUGGUAAAUGAAUUGGGUGCUAAGCAAUUUUGCUUUGUUGAGCUCAGAACUCUCAUGGUUGCCUCUGAUUGGGAAAAUGCUUCUGCCAUGGCUCAACUUGCUAUUGCUGGUCAUGCCAGAUCAUUACUAGAAUGGCAUACGGUAUCACGUUUUUGUGGAUUUUGUGGAGUUAAGAACAAUUUAAUUGAUGCUGGGAGACGGAAACAAUGCUCUAAUGAGUUGUGCAAGAAGAAAAUUUAUCCUCGAGUUGAUCCAGUUGUCAUUAUGUUAGUUAUUGACAAAGAGAAUGACCGAGUGCUAUUAAGUAGGCAGUCGAGAUUUGUACCUCGCAUGUGGAGUUGUCUAGCUGGUUUCAUGGAGCCAGGAGAAAGUUUGGAAGAGGCUGUGAGAAGAGAAACAUGGGAGGAGACUGGUAUUGAAGUUGGACAAGUUGUGUACCAUAGUUCUCAGCCAUGGCCUGUUGGACCUAGCAGCAUGCCGUGCCAGCUUAUGGUGGGAUUCUUUGCGUAUGCAAAAUCGCUGGAUAUUAAUGUGGAUAAGGUGGAAUUAGAAGAUGCUAGAUGGCACAGCAGAGAAGAUGUGAAAAAGGCGCUGACAUUUGCUGAAUACAAGAAGGCACAAAGGACUGCCGCAGGUAAAGUGGACCAAAUGUGCAAGGGUGUAGAAAGAGGACAGAGCUUGUCUUCCGACUUCAAUGUGGAAAGUGGGGAACUUGCUCCUAUGUUUAUCCCUGGGCCCUUUGCAAUUGCUCAUCAUCUCAUUUCCUCUUGGGUGAAUGGGGCUGAAGCACAAGUUAAACAACUUGCGAGUUCUUUCUCAAACUUAUAGUGUUUAUUCUGCAAUAAGCUCCUCUAAUGUGCCAAUGUGCUCUGUACCAAUGCGUUUACAUUUCGCCAAGUUUUUCUACUUAGCAGAUAAGAUUAACAUUGCGUGACCGAUGUUAUUCUCCAUGCUACUUAGGUAAGUUUGAUUUUCCAUAUCUUCAGAUAAGUCGGAGCUUGAAAUGAUAGUGCAAAGGUAGAUAGCCAUGGUUGCGCUCCUCCAUUGCCUUUGCAAGUAUCUUAGGCAUCACUAUUAGUAGCUAGAAUUUAUUUCUUUUUCUCCAGUAACUAGGAAAUGGAAAUGAUGAGGUCUGAAUAAUUUUAGAUGUUUGAAUAGGUUCAGUAGCAACUUUUACUUUGUUUAAUUUGUUAAGGGUAAACGACUUUUUCGGUUUACCAUAGUUAGGCCUUUUCUUUUUCUAUCACCUUGUUUAAUUUUUUUAAGAAGGUCCUCAAUGAUUAUUAAGUAUGACCUUGUCCAAAUUAGAGCCUUAUUCCUGUUUAGAGAAGUCUUAUAUUCCCUGGAGACAUCAUUAGAAGCCGAGGAUGUUUGUUGUAACAUGUUUUGGAAUUUUUAUAUGCUUCCUGGGUUCUUUAAUUAUUGGUAGCGAUUGGCAGUUGUGGAAAGUUUAGAUUAUAAUUUCGGAUGUAUUGUUCAAACAGAACAAAGUUAAAUUUUGUCUUGAAUACAGUUUAUGUGGUGCAAGCAUAGUGCGAGUAAGAUACUAUAGGACGAUCAUAGUUCAACUUUAUCAUCUGUGGAAAUCAGAUCCGAAUUGGUUUGAGAUUACGUCAUCCAAUUGCUCUUAUAUGAAUUCCCUUUCUACCAUGACUGCAAAGACAUCAGAAGAACUUCAGUACAAACUUUACUUUUAUUUUUAUUCUUUUAAAUUCUAGAAAAUGUAAUCUACUGCGAGUUGAUAUGCUUUUACUUAAUAACCUCCCGGAUGUAUUUACAGCUUCUUGUUAUUGUUGUGGGCGCUCAAAUUGGUGGAUGUUAUAGUGAAUGCUGAAAUUUUAUUUCGUCAUCGAAUGCAAAUUCUAUUUUUUUCUUUC